UGGCAUCAGUCUGACACUGUACUGUACAGAAAUGCUCUAAUGGUUCUUCUAGCUCCACCGAAUCAUCUUCCCCUUCUACCAAAACCUCUGAUCAGCGAGUUCCGAAUCCCGACGCUCUCUCAUUCUCACCCCAUGCCUUCUUCCUUCUCUCUCCACCUCUUCUUCUCCUUCCUACUACUACUCCAAAAUCCUCUCUUUUCCACUGCAAAUCUCCAGAAAACCCACCACCUCCUCUCAAAAAUCCUCUACCACCAAAACCAACCAGAACCCAACUCCCCAACCUCUUUUUUCGAAGUCACAAAACCCAUAAAAACCCCCAACAUCAGCCCCUGCUCUUCUCUCAUCCUUCAACAUUCCUUCUCCUACACAUACCAAAAACCGCCCGUAACCGUCCCUUACAACCCUCCCUCCAACUGCCCUUCCCAGACCUUCUCCCAAAUCAUCCUCCAUCUAUCUGUCACCUGCAAAGGCCGGCAAUUCGACCGCAUCUUCGGCAUAUGGCUUGGUGGUGUCGAGAUCCUACGCUCCUGCACUGCAGAGCCCCGGCCCACUGGCAUUGUUUGGACUGUUGAGAAGGACAUCACAAGGUACGCUUCAUUGCUCAAACAUCCCCAGACGGUUUCUGUUUAUCUCGGCAACAUUGUUGACAAGACGUACACUGGAAUCUACCAUGUUAAUCUGACGUUCCUUUUCUAUCCGGCGGAAGUGAAACGAGAUCUAUCGGAGCCAAAUUCAGCGGGUUCAGAUUCUGGGUUUGGUUCUUCCGCCAAUUUGAUACUACCCAUUUCGCGGAAACUCCCUCUGAAUGAUGGGUUGUGGUUUUUGAUUGAGAAUUCGACUGAUGUUCAGUCGAAGGAGUUCAAGAUUCCUAAGAAUGCAUAUAGGGCUGUUCUGGAAGUGUUUGUUUCGUUUCAUUCCAGCGAUGAAUCGUGGUAUGCGAAUCCUCCCGACGAGUAUGUAAUUGUGAAUAAUCUGACGGGAAGUCCUGGAAAUGGGGCUUUUAGGGAGGUCGUCGCUAGUCUCGAUGGGAAGGUGGUUGGUGCGGUUUGGCCGUUUACGGUGAUUUACACUGGAGGAGUCAAUCCCCUUCUUUGGAGACCCAUUACGGGUAUUGGGUCUUUCGAUCUCCCAUCAUAUGACAUUGAAAUCACGCCAUUUUUAGGGAGUAUUUUGGAUGGGAAGAGUCACAGGUUCACGUUUGGUGUCACGGAUGCUUUGAGCGUGUGGUUCGUAGAUGCAAAUUUGCACCUUUGGUUGGAUGGCAAGAGUGCAAAAACAACAGGGCAGCUGAUUAAAUACGAAGCUGCCCCUUUCAGGCCUUCCUUGGUUUCAAAAUUCGAGGGUCUAAAUGGGUCUUUUAUGACUGGUGCGAGUAGGUCGAUAUCAUCAACCGGAUGGGUGAAGUCGUCCCAUGGGAAGAUCACGACCCAUUCAUUCCAGCAGUUUGAUUACACUAACACAAUGGUAUUCAGAGAUGAUGGGAAUGUGCAGAUUGUGAAUCAAACCAUAGAGGCCAAUUACAGUGUGUAUGCCAAGUUCCCAUCUUCGGACGUGUACUCGAUCCAAGUCUUUCAAAGGUUUCCUCUUUAUCUGUAUUCUGAGACCAUUAAUCAAGGUAAUGAUAGUUAUUAUUCCAGUGCGAAUGUCUCGUUGGGAUUUAAGGAGGAGAGGUUUUCUGGCGCUAGAUUUGGUUUCUCAUUCAGCUCUCUCAGAAACUCUCAGGAUGGUAAUGGCUAUAUGCUUGUAAAGGGGAACUUAGUAACAAGUGGGUUGGGGAGUACUCAGCAGAACUACGAAUAUGAUAGCACUGAAGGUUGUUACUUUAGGAAUGUGAGUAGUAGAAACUACACCAUUCUUCACGACGAAUCAGGAGAGCUAUGUACCAAGGAUCACCGUUAGGUUCUGGCUUUGGACUUGGAAGAAGGCAGCCUGUUGAGGCUAGGAGGAUGUCUCAAGCAUCUGAUUUUCAUAAUCGGAAGAAUGGGGAUUAGAUUUAAUGAGGAUUUUCUGGGACCAUUCUUGAAGUUUCAAAGGUGGUUUUGAGGACUAAUGGAUUGCAAUGCAGUAGCAUCUGAAAGUAUGUAAGCAUGGGUCCCUUGAGUUUCAACCUCAUUGUGAAAUCUGAUUUUAUUCAAGUUGAAAUACAUUUUAACAUGUGCAUCAAUUGGUCUUUGUAAUUUUUUUUAGUGGGCAGUUUUCUAUCCUUCA